CAUCCCCCCGUUUACACCACGCAACCUCCACUUCAGAGGUCCACCUCGACCUCUGACACACAGUCAAUCAUGGCAGCAACAGCAGAUGAGCAAACACUGGCCAGCUUAUCGGCAGUAGAUAGCUCCACCUUCGAUCUCGAUCCAUCACUCAAUUCGACAGACACAGACUUGUUCCUAUCUCAGUUGAAGAAUGAUGGCGAUGAGACUAAUGACCAUGGAAUAGACGACGCGACUGUCACUGCUAUCAAGCAAUCACUUUCAGAAGCUCAAGCCCAUGCAGAUCGACAAGCUCAGGAGAUUGAUGGGAAAUCUGGAUCUAGUCAAAGUGGACAGCUUGGAAGUGAGGGAAAUCCUAUCAUCAAUCCUACCGUCCAUCUCGCGCCAUUUUCUAAACCAGAAAGAGCGGAGGGUGCGUUAUGUCCAGAACAUUACAAGUUUCCGAGCAAGGCGGAAUUCGAUAUUUGGCUUGCGGGCGAAAGCAGCUGGUGUCAUUAUGUGCAACGACGGACUACGACACCUCAACAGCGAGCAGAUGAAAGGAUGAGGGCGAGAGUCAAGGCGCAUGAACGGGCAUUACAGGCUCUAACACCUGAGGAAGCUGCCAAUGCUCCCCCGUUGAAGACGCGUAAACGCACGAACAACACGAGUGUCUACAUGAAGAUCACCUACACGUGUCAUCAUGCCGGCAACUAUAACGCGAGGCAUUCUGAUGUCUUGCCUGAAAAGAGAUUACGUCUCAAAACGAAACAGAGUGUCAAGUGCAAGUGUCGAUCUAGGAUCAUAUUCACCGAAUUACAUUCAGGAGAAUGUCAGGCAGUAUAUCAUUGGAAGCACGAUGGGCAUGAACUCUUCUCCGAUGCGGAGCAUCAGUCUGGGCGUCUGCCUUCAGUAAUCGAUGACUGGCUAGUGAAGCAGAUCGAAGCGGGCAAGGAGAUAGACGAGAUUAGAAGGGUGUUGUCGAUUCCAGAGACGGAGAAGCAGGCAUACGUUCAAAAGGUGACAGAAGACCCGACUCUGGUCGAUCCCGAUAUGCCACCGCCACUCGCUUUCCAGACCAAGGUCAAGUACCCAGAUAUCUACAAUCGAUUCAGAAAGCUUCGGGGACCUGUGCGCGCAGCUCGAUCGCCAAACUCGAAGCGGUCAUCAAAGAGGCGGAUAUUAUCACCCGCGGCGGAGCAAACGCCAGGGUAUGGUGCCGGACCUGGCUCAGCAGCAGAUCUGGAUGAUUCAGUCCAUCAAACAUUCAACAUUGAUGGUGUUCCAGCUGGAUUCGACCUCUCAGGAUUAGCAGGCACACAUCACGCGGAUCUUGCCGAAGCUCUCUUAAGAAUCCCUGCGGUGUCAGGGGAUGUCAAUGGAGUUAUUGGUGGACCCAACGGAUCAGGAGAUGCAGGUAAUGACGAUGAUCAUCAACAACUAGAUGAGCAAGUGCUGAAGAUCGCUCGGAUGGCUGCUGAACAAGGUGAAAGGGGAGGGGAAGCAGUGAGCGAUGAGGAGGAAGAGGAAGUGGAGGAGGUGGAAGACGAUCAUGGAGAUGCAGAAGCACGGGACGAGAUCGCGAGUGUCGACUGGAACGCCUUUGCUGUUUAGUCUGGUUAGCUUUUGAGAGAAUCUAAUUUGAGUGUUGUAAAAUAGUACAGAAGCUUCCAUUCAUCGU